UACAUCCUGUUCUACUGAGUGAGUUUCAAAACUGACUGAGGUUCAGACUCUCAAUCAUCAGACCAGGAAGCAGCGAGGGAUUUCAUUGCCCUGAACAGAAAAGAACCGUUUCUACCCAAAGAAGCCUGAAAUAGUCCCAAAGUCGGUCAUUGGCCGCCUCAGGAUCUUAUUAACCCUUCUCAUUCUGCACUGAACGCCUGACUUUGGCUUGGGAGCAAGUUGAUUGAGAUCUACUCUGUCCCCCCCAGGAGCUGCCAGCAUGGUGAUCAUACAAGAGGGCAUGAUGGAGGAGGUCCCACUGAGCGAUGAGGAGAAUGGCAUUGAAUACAAAGUGCUGAUGGCCUAUGCCAAGCGCCAGCUCUCUGACAGCAGAUACCAGCGACUAGUAAGAAAUGGCAACGUGGCACCGGCAAUGCCAGAGGCAGAAGGCGCCACCGGGCACGGGGCCACAAGCAAUGGCUCAGGGAGUGACGGAAUCCAGUCUGCGGCCAACAAAAAAAAGAAGACGGGAAAGAAGCAGAAACGUUGGCGCAGAUUGAUACCCAGCUGUGUAAGGGCAGAGGAGGAGAUGGGCAAGAAGAAGGACAAGGUGCCCGCAGAGGCAGUGACGGCGGAUUCAGACACUAAUCGGGCCAAUGCAAUCGCCCAUCGCCUACAGAAAAUCAUCAAGUCUCUCUCGAAAACCAAUGAACUGGAAUUUCGAAGCUUCAUGCGGGAAACAAGUAUAGAGGCAGACGGAGACGACAACUAUGAACAGUUGAUACGGGAAAUUGCAUUGGUUCUGCGGUCUUCUGGCGACCAUCUCAAUGACCAGAUAAAGGCAGAGCAGAAGGAGAAAAUCAGUGGUGCCUGGUCCUAUGGGUUCUUCCAGAGACUGACCGAUUUUUACCUUCAAAGUUCCCCGUCGAGCAAAAUGGAAGAGCCGGAGACACAGAGCAGCAAGGUGGCACUUUGCAUCGACGUCACCACCAGGCUGACGGCCCUCGAGAGCCUGCCCCCCAACAAGGUCAUGGUCUAUGGCGCUAAAUACCUGAAGGAAAAAUAUACCUCUUGGAUUGAAGACCAAGGCGGUUGGGAAAAGGCAAUGGGGAUCGAAGAAGAACUCGACUGAUACACAGUAAGCAACUAAAGUCGCCCUAUGCUGGACUGUUUGAUAGCUGCUACCUCAUACUGCAAGGAUGAAUAUAAAAUGGAGGGAUAAAGAACACUUUUUCUAUGAAUACUAUAGCCCACAUGAACAUAUAUAAUACAUACAGUUUAAUGAAUAUGACUCAAGCAGAGACUGAUGAGGAUUGGUCAGCAGUAGUAAACAGACAUUGGAUGUAUCCGUACUUUGCUGUGUUAGUGCCGACAUCAGCAACCACAUUGGAGAUGCAAGAUGGCAACCUGUAGGGGGUGCUGUGAUGGAACUUUAUGUAAACAAGUCAAUGCUUUACAUUCCUGGGGCUUCCCUACAUCAUCCCCUGCAAACAAAAUAUGGCGGGGGGGGGUACCAAGGGGGGGGUGGGGGUACCAGUAUAGCCCAAGGUACCACUGGCACAGACCAAGGAAGAAUGUGCUAAGUGUAAGUAUUAAUUGAGAAAAAAAAGACUGUCUCUUUAAGAUGAGCAAAUGAUAAAGAACUGGGGGCCUGUAUUCCGUCCCUGCCCAAUUUUCUGUGCUGUGGGUUCCACCUACUGGUUGGCAGAGGGUAUUACAGCUGAGAUAUUAUUACAUUAUGGCAACUUCUGUGACCGCCGCUGCUGCUGCUGCACUACAAACAAUGAUAGAAUAUUUAUGCUUAUUUUUGUUAUUAUUAUAGAUAAAAAAAAAGUGAAUUUGAAGCAGAGCAUUGAGCUCGCUUAACCCUUUCUAUGCCAGUGGUUUGAAGAGGUUUAAAAACAAUGGGAAACAAGUCUCUAUGGCGCUGGCUUGUACUUCAGGUGACGGGGAGAUGUGAUUUAAUGGCAUUUGUUUGUGCUUUAACUUCUUUUAGGGCUGGGUAGAGAGGGUUGUUUUACUGGGGCCCCACCCCUCAGACGGGGCUGUUGGUAUUAAGGAUAAAAUGUGCCUUAUUGCUUGCGUUGCAUUGUCCUACCAGCACCCUACUGGGGUGCUGCAGGUACUUUUGUAAUAAAACUUUUGGGUUCAAACAUUCCCUCCGUGUUGCACCAACUCAAAUGUGAAUCAGAAUUAAAUAAAUCAUUAAUAAAGCUCAAACUGAACCAAAA